CAGUCCCCAGGACGCGCAUCUGAAAAUUGUGUGUUUUUUUACGUUCUCCUGCUGAGGAAUCCAAUAUUUCGCACAACAUGCGGAAAGCUCUGCUAUUUGCGCUCAUUUUGUUCGGCAUUGACUCCAUAUUUGCAGUCACACACUCCCUGCAGUAUGUCUACAGCGCCAUGUCAGGGAUACCAAACCUCCCAGAGUUUAUAGAUGUCGGUCUGCUGGACGGGGAGCCAUUCACUUACUAUGACAGUGACAUACGUAGAAAAAUUCCUCGACAGGAAUGGAUGACUAAGGCUGUGGAUGCUGAUUACUGGGACCAAGGCACCCAGAAUCUCAUGGGUACAGAGCUGGUGUUCAUAAACGACAUAAAAGUGUUAAAGCCACGUUUCAACCAAACCGGAGGUAAGUCAACAUGUUAUCCUCUUCACAUAUACCUGCUUAUCAAAGCUCCUGAAAUCAUCCACUGCACGUGGCAGGAGCUGCACCCCACUGGGGCACGGUCAUGUGACCCCUUCCCGGGCCUGCUCAGUGACGCCCUCUGCAGGCUUCAUGUUAAUCGUCUUCCUUAUGCCCCCCAUCAGCUCCUCCUAUCAGCUCAGGAAAACCGCGCCUCAGAGUCGGCUCUGACGGUGAAAACGCUCCGUGGGCUGCGACAAGGCAGCAACAGCCUCAGAUCCCCCUUAGUGCUCGUCCCACAUGGUACAGACCUCUGCACUGUAGUGGGUCAGUGUGUGAGGAAGCACAAGAGGCCGGACCUGAUUCCUGCGUUUGCCGUCGCCCCCGGUUACAGGGACUCGCCUGUGGACCAUGAGACGGGCUGGGAAAUGUCUGCCUACUCUCUGUCCCUGGAGUUCCGCCCUGAGGUGUCUCUGCUGCAGAAGGACCCCUCCUCUCCUGUCACCUGCCACACAACCGGCUUCUUCCCCAAAGGGAUCGUGGUGACCUGGAGGAAAGAUGGAGAGGACAUGCACAGCGAUGUGGAGGUGGGGGAGACCCUGCCAAACGGGGACGGAAAAUUCCAGAUCACAUCGAAACUCACGGUGAAGCCUGAGGACUGGAAGAUGAACAGCUACAGCUGUGUCGUGCAGCACAAGAGCCUCCAGGAUGACAUUGCUGUGCUGCUGGAGGAGAAGAACAUAAGGACCAAUCAGGGAGGCAUUUCCUGGGGCAUCAUCAUCGGCUGUGUGGCUGCUGCUCUGGCUCUCGUUGCUGUUGUCAUUGGGCUCGUGUUGUGGAGGAGGAGCAGGACAGGCUAUGGCAAAGCCGGCACAUCUGACACUGAUUCUGAGAACUCCAGCCAACAGCAACCAAAAGCAUGAGUUCACCCUCCAUGAUGUCACAGUUCAUCUCCUUCUCUGCCAGAAGGCAACAGAGAGAAUAUGAGAUGAAUGUGCAGACCUGAUAACCCCCCCACACACACACACACACACAAUACAAUAUACUGUCUAUUCUUUACUAAGCUUUUAGCAGUUUACAAUCAGCAACAGUCAGAAAUUUAAUCAGAAAAUGAAUCAGUGACUGACGGUCAGGAAGGAUCAUUAAUGCAGGUUUAUUUCUCUUUCUGUAACUUUACUGUAUUAGCAGUUAAAGCUCCGCUGUCUUAUAGCUGCUCUGCUCUGUCACUGUGCGUCACUGCAGUCUGUUUUUAUCAUGAUCCGUCUCUUUAAAUGCCGCACAGCCUGCUGAUGAGGACGCCUGUGUGACCCUGUGUGUGAGAUGCACUGAUCACUGACUUACAGUAACGAGCAUCAAGGAUGAAGCAACAGCAAUCAGAAAGAUGGGCAAUGAAACAAUGAAUGUGGCUGAUAAACGUAUGAAACAGUGUAACAGAACAUCAUGUAAUUUAUUAUUACAGGAAACCAACUUCAAAUUGACCUGUUAUAAUUAAUAGUUACAUUGUUACGCUCAGGUGAGGAUUUCUGGUGACUUGCUGAGUGAAAAAAUAUAUUUGAAAUUCUUCUAAAUAAUUCAGUAUCUAGUGCAUUUCUUACAGGGUUUUCAUACAUUGUUCUUAUAGUAUUUGGUAUAUUUUUCUGUUUGAGUUGUGAAUUUGUUUCUUUGAGAAUUAAUGUAAUAUUAUGAACUUUUUCAGUUAGUCUAAUUGCUGUGGGUAAUGUAACCCUAAAUCUUAUGCUUGGGUGGUUUUACAUACAAAACUGUUUAUAAUAAUUAAAUUCUGUUUCUAUUAUAUACACAAGCAGAAAAUCGAUAAAUAUAUUAUUACCAUGUUCAGAAAUGAAGCUGCUUAAUAUCAUUAAAAUUAAUUAUGAAAGAGACCAACAGAAAUCGGUAUUACAUAAAUUUUCACUUUGAAUGUAAAUAUUUUGUUUGAAAUGGGCUAAGAAAAUAAAGGGGGUAAAUUGGA